AUGGGUGCCACGGCGGUUGCGUACGCUGCAGCUCUGCUGUGGCUUGCUCCGUACCACAUCAUCAGAGCUGUCACAACUGGUUCCUCCAGUGGAUGCUUGUCGAAUGCAUUCGCCUCGGAGUGUGCGACAGACCUACAGCUUGAAGACGCCUCCACAAAAACAUUCGCCGAGUCUCCCGAGGAGAAUGUGGGCGCGGACCUCGAAGCAGGCAUACCCGCGCGCCUCCAUGAGCUAUUUCUUUUGGAUCGUGCAGCACAUUUUGAUCUGGUCGUGAUCGGAGGUGGCAGCGGCGGCAUCGCGUGUGCGCGGCGGGCUGCCAGCUAUGGCGCCUCUGUGGCGAUUGUGGAGAAGGCGACCAUCGGCGGAACAUGCGUGAACCUGGGAUGCAUGCCAAAAAAGGUCAUGUGGCUGGCUGCUAACCUCGGAGAUGCGUUGGACGCGAUGCCUCAUUAUGGUUUUUCGUUUCCUGGUUCUUCACUCGAUGCACAAGUCGACGCACUGGCAUCUGAGGUGCCUCGGAACGCGUCGCGGGGCGGCGUUGCAUUUUCGUGGGAGAAACUACGAGAGAGUCGAGAUGCGUACGUAUCGCGGCUGCGGAAUACGUUUGAGAAGCUGCUCCAAGAGGCGAAUAUCAAGGUGUUCCGCGGGACUGGCAAGUUGGAGGCUGACGUCGAGUUACCAAAAACAUCCCAGGCACGCAGAGCCCGCGAGCGGGACCAGCGUCACACAGUGCUGAUUGAAGACCACCGUGGAGGUGUCACGCGAGUGACUGCCGCUCAUGUCCUUAUCGCGACAGGCACAAGGCGUCAAAUCCUCAAUGUCCCGGGGGCGGAAUUCGCGAUCAGCAGUGACGGCUUCUUCCGCAUUGAGCACCUGCCACGACGUGUAGCGGUUGUUGGCAGCGGCUACGUGAGUGCGGAGCUGGCUGGGAUCCUGCGGCGUCUGGGAGUCGAAGUCUACGUCUUUAUGCGAGGCCACAGACAACUGAAGAGCUUCGACAAGGAAACGGUUGAGAGACUCGAAAAGAUACAGAUCGAGUCUGGAAUCCGCAUAUACAAAGGCGUCAACGUGGUAGAAAUUUCACUAGCCAAGGCGGACGGGACGAACAUUUUGCCGGCUUACACGUUUGAACGCCAGAAUGAGGGGCGAGAAUCUCUCGGCGAGGCAUGUCUAACAGUGCAUCUGGACAACGGAGAUGCGCACUACGGAUUCGACCAAGUUAUCAUGGCUGUCAGCCCCGCUCCAUCAGUAGAGGGUAUUGGGCUGGAGGAGGCGCGGGUCAAGGUCGACGUGAAUACCGGGGGCUUCAUUGUCGUCGACAAGUUCCAGAAUACCAGUGUUCCUGGAGUCUACGCCGUAGGAGAUGUCACGGGAAAGGCCAUGUUGGCUCCUGCGGCUGUGGCCGCCGGUCGUCUUCUUGCGGACCGACUUUUUGGAGGAAACAGAGACGCCCAUCAUGAUCUGCCAUUCGUCCCAACAGUCCUUUUCUCUCAGCCUGCACUAGCUGCAGUCGGCUUGACAGAGGAAGAAGCAAAAGCACGCUACGGGGAAGAGAACAUCAAUGUAUACAAGUCCACCUUUGUGGAUUCCUUCUACGCGGCGUGGAGUAUUCCUGCGUCAGAGAAGCCCAGGUCUUUUGUCAAGAUGGUAUGCCUGAAGACGGCAGGCGACAAAGUUCUGGGUCUGCAUCUCCUUGGGCGCGGUGCGGAAGAAAUACUCCAGGGUUUUGCACUAGCAAUAAAACUGGGAGCAACGAAGGAAGACUUCAACAGCUGCUUAGCCAUCCAUCCAACUGCUGCAGAGGAGGUCGUGACCUUGCCCGAUGAGAAGAAGACGCGGACAGUGGCGCCGAAGGAUUCUAGGCUAUGA